AUGCAAGCUAACUACAGAUAUUAUCCCACUUACAGAGAGACUCCGACCAAGCAGGAUAUAUUCGAGUAUAUCAAAGAAGGGAGAGCGUCUGCGCUUCAGACGUUCAAUGAGAUGAUCUUUGAACAGGGUAUUAUCGACUUUGAGCCUGCCGUGGAGUACCUCAGCAAAUGUCCGAUGGCUGUUCCAGCGUACCUAUCGAUGGCUGGGACUGGUGAUGAGUUCAAAGCUGCAGUUCUUACUCGUGAUGAAGAUGGUUUGGCCAUUGACCAGAACGGUGAGGUACACGAGCCUGCAUAUUUGAACAAUCAGACUGGUGAUUACAGCGAGGCCGAUAAUUGGUAUUUGGUGCAGACCAACUACGAUCGCUGGGAGGCCGAUCCGAUUUCUGAUCCUAGACGUACUGUUGCUGAGAACUGUGUGAAGGAGCAUGGUAAGACUAACGAUAUAAAGUCUACCUGGGAUGUUGUCAUGGAUUGCUCCUUUUUAAGCGGAGUCUCUACGAAUCACACUAUUUAUACCUCCAUUAUGGAUCCCACAUAUGGUGACUUCUCCACCUAUAUUCGUUAUGAUGCUGAUGAUGCUUGGAACAAGAACCAUCAGUGA